UUAUUUCCAAAUGCUUGUAGGUGCCUCUUUCCUCUGCCUCUGCACCCUGGAGAUGGCAGCACCCAAGGUCGCAGUGGUUGGUGCAGGAGUUAUCGGCCUGUCCACAGCACUGUGCAUCACAGAGACUUGCCCCAGCUGCUCUGUGACUGUCCUUUCAGACCAGUUCAGCCCCAACACAACGAGCGAUGUUGCAGCUGGAAUGCUCAUCCCUCACACCUACCCAGGUACACCAAUCCACGUUCAGAAGCAGUGGUUCAAAGAGACCUUCACUUAUCUUUUUGCCAUCAGCAACUCAGCUGAGGCAUCAGAGGCUGGCAUUCACCUGGUCUCUGGGUGGCAGGUCUUUAAAAACACUCCGAAGGAAGAGUUACCUUUCUGGUCAGAUGUUGUCCUGGGAUUUCGACCAAUGUCUGAAGCAGAACUCCAGAAGUUUCCACAGCACCGAUUUGGUCAGGCCUUUACGACACUGAAAUGUGACUGUCCACCUUACCUGCUGUGGCUGGAGAAAAGGUUGAAAGCAACUGGCGUCCAAGUGUACACCAGAAAAGUUGCAGACUUGUGGGAGCUGCACAGCGAAUAUAACAUCAUUGUCAACUGCUCGGGCAUUGGAGCCUGCCAGCUGGUGGGGGAUGAAAAGCUCUUCCCCAUCAAGGGACAAGUACUCCAAGUUCAUGCUCCUUGGGUGAAAAAUUUCAUCCGGGAUGGGGAUGGCUUAACUUACAUCUACCCAGGGAUACACCAGGUAACCCUAGGGGGAACCAGGGAAAAGGAUAUCUGGAGUCUCUCCCCUGAUCCUGGCACUAUCCAAGACAUCUUUGACAGAUGUUGCUCCCUUGAGCCCUCACUGCAGGAAGCUCAGGACAUCAAGGUGAAGGUGGGCUUGAGGCCAUCCAGGCAGAGUGUGAGACUGCAGAGAGAGGUCUUUCGCCAAGGAGGACUUAAGCUUCCAGUGGUCCAUAACUACGGGCAUGGUGCAGGUGGCUUUUCGGUGCACAGGGGCACAGCCAAAGAGGCUGCUUAUCUUGUCAGAGAGUGCAUCGCUGCCCUGCAAGGCUCCUCAUCGAGGGCCAAGCUUUGAAUCCCAGAGGCUGCUUUGUGACAGCCUAGUGUUGCAUCUCCUAGUAGCAGAUUUGGACUUCUAUUCCACUACUGUAUAGAAGGAACCUAAGACAACAACUUGUGCCAUUGCAGAUGCUCAGUGGUAUCUCAUCUGGUUUUCAGCUGCAAGCUUAUAAAGACAUGAUGGGUUGAUCCAAGUAUUGACCCAGCUGUCCUUCUCCUCCAUUUGACAUCGGUUCUGCCCUAGGUAUUUCUCCUAGCCUUAUGUUAAGGGGAAGGCAAGAUAUGUGAAUAUUCUUCACAAAACAGGGAUCAGAUUGGUGCAGUAUAAUAUUAAUUACAUCAAUUUAGCAUUUCUUCAUCUGCAUCUAAAGGUAUCAGAUGCAUUGGGUUCAGAUUCAGUAAAAACUAGUUCGCUGCUCUUGUACCAAAUCUAAUCUUCUUCCUGCUGUCUUGCUACAGAAUGUUACUGUUCUCCGUAUGAUCUACAAGAAAACCCUCCACAGUGCUGCAUUACAGUGCUCCAGGUCAGCUCUUAUAAAAAGCAGUGUUAGAUUACUGUCAUGCACAGUGACCAGGCAAGUGUGAUUUUAAGGCACAUAUGUGACACUGAUCACUGCAUUUGCUCUUGUUACACCUCAGGGAAUGUAACCUAAAGUUUCUGUGAGAGGAAGUUGCCCCGUAUGAGCUACAGUUUUGUGCAUCUUUCCUCACACUGGUUUGCAAAUCUCUCUUUUUUUUUUUAAACUUUGAGCCCCUCAGAUUUUGCUCUCAGGCAGACAUGAUUUUUUUCCCCCAAUAGCAGCAUUGACGUGGCCUGUGUUUUACAGACGAGGGAUAUUCAGCGUGGGAGGGAGUGCCAGCAUCUCUCUUCUACUUCGCAUCAGCACUGGAUUCUUUCCUUGCAUCAGUUGAUAUGAAUAAACUGGUGACAAACCAAGGAUCUUAACACCGGCUUCAGUUUCAUACGGGAGAGAAGAGCCAUUUAAGACUAGAUAAACACUCCAAAGAUAAAUUUGGCUGUAACUGGACAUGAGCAAACUCCUCCGCCAUAUGGAAGCUGAGCCACUGAAUCCCAGACCCUCACUCCAUUUUCCUCUGUAGUUUGAGCCCUUUGAUGUUGGUGAAGAUAAUCGCUGGUCAAAAUUAGAUCUUACCAUCGCAGUACAGAAGAAUUUCUUUACUAUGAGAGUGGUGAGACACUGGCACAGGUUGCCCAGAGAGGUUGUAGAUGCCCCAUCCCUGGAGGUAUUCAAGGCCAGGUUGGAUGGGGCCUUGGGCAGCCUGAUCUAGUGGGAUGUCCCUGUGCAUGGCAGGGGGGUUGGGACUAGAUGAUCUUUAAGGUCCCUUCCAACCCAAACUAUACUAUGAUACAGGUUUGACUGUUAGUGAUUAGAGCACUCAUUACAUCUUAAAUGGUUCAUUCAAGAGCAUUAGUGUCCACUUUUGUCUAGGUUUUUUUGUCCAGUUUUUUUUCGUCCUUACAGUUACAAAGCAAAUCAAAAUUCUUCAGGAAUUCACAUGAUUAAAACGAACUGAUAAAUAAAUUUCUAAUAAUGGAGCAAAAGUCACUUCUGUAGCAUUUGCUUUCAUAAGCAAGGGGUUUUCUUUCCUUGGAGAUGGCAUGACAGGGCCAAGAAAGGCCACAUUCAGACAUGGCUGCCAACUCCUGUUGGUCUCAGGGGGAUAAGGACAGUUAUCCUUUGCAGGGGUCAGCUGUUGGAAGAAACAUCAUCAAAUUAAGUUAUAGGUCAAUUAGCUCCUGGGAUCAGCCUAAGCUAGCCCUGCCUUCAGUAGUCUUGUGCUCUUCUCCUCAGAUCUGGAGGCUAAUUUUGCAUUCCCUUGUCCCAUAAUUUGUCCUUUGCAGUGGUACAAGAGGGCAGAGCUGCUGCUUUUGGCAGCGGUGUUGGCGUAGGGCCUAUCAGACUGCAGCUUUGUCCUCAGCAAACACAGAACAGAAAAAAUACAUGGAAAAAUCAUGAGAAUGGGCUAUUUUUUUCUCAGUCUUGAUUUUCUUAAUCUUGAUUUUAAUCUUAAAAACUAACAAACAAUGUAGCUUAUCCUGGAGCAAGAAACACUGCUAAUGCUAGUGGAGUGUCCACAGCCCCAUGGGAAACCAGAGCUCUGGUUGUGCACUUCUGCUUUGCAAGGUGGGGAGGUUUCUUCUAAUUUACUUUUAAAAGUUCAAGUCAAGUUGGAUGGGACUCUGAGCAACCUGAUGUAAUUUAAUAUGUCCCUGCUUAUUGCAGGGUGGUUGGACUAGAUGAUCUCAAAUGGUCCCUUCCAACCCAACUAUUCUCUGAUUCCCAACUCAGCCAUGUGUUUUUCUCUGCUGUUAUCCACGCUGAAUUUCACCUGCUAUUUCAUGACCCAGGCUCAUGAGAUGUUUUUUGCAGCUCCUUACAGGCAGUUUGCAUUUUGCUACCUUGAAUAAGCUGGUACCACCGGCACUCCAAGUCACUUCACCAUUUACUACCUGACUGAUGGAUAUGUGGAUAAGCACUGGCCCUACCACAGAUCCUUCUCAGAUGUUACUGGUUACUUCUCUCUAUUGUGAAAACCAGAUGAUUUAUCCUUACCUUGUCUCUCUAUCCUGUAAUUAGUUGCUGAAUUGUGAGAGGAUCUUCCCUCCUGUCCCAUGCCAGAUUAACUUCUUUACGAGUCUUGGUGACAGACAUUAUAAAAUGCUUUCCAGAAGCUGAGAAGAUCAUACCGAGCAGAUCCUUGCAGUCUGCAGCCUCCCUGUGUCCUCUAAAGCUGUAAGAGAAUGGUGAAGCUUCAUAGCUCCUCACUGCAAACCUCUGCUGAUUCUUCCCUCUUCGUCCAUAUCUGUCCCUGCAACUAUUCUACUAUCAUGGCUUUUAGCGUUUUGCUGCAAUGGGUGUCAGAUUUAGUAGUUUGCACUUCUCUACAUCUCUCACAGCACUUAAAACAGUGUCAUGUGCCAUCCUCUUUUUUUUUUUUUUUUUUUUUUCUGGUGUUUUAAGUAAGGGGUUAUACACCAGCCUGAACAGUACAACAAUUUCCCAUUAGUGUUGCUUAAAAACCCAUGAGCGAGUAACAUCUGCUUCUCAUAAAUUUGUUACUACCCAUUGCAGCUAUUUGUUCUAAACCCUCCUCUAAUGGCCCUUCAAUCCCCUCUACAAAUGGCUCUGCCAUGGGAAUUUCACUAAGCUUUUCUGUGCUGAACCCAGACAUAAGUAACCCGUUUAGCUGUUGCGUUAGGGCUUGUUUCUCUCAAGCUCUUUGACCACUGAUUGUCUGCUGACCACAUACCCUGGUCACCUGUGAGACUCUCUGGCCAGCUUCUUGCUCCUACUGCAGCAGAGGAAGUAUUUUGUCUAUUAACAAGUUAUUUUAAUCCGGAUUUCUGUUCCUGCUUUUGAUUUGACAGAGUUUAUAUCCUUUUUCUAUUUCCUCAUUUGGACGGGAUCUGUUUUGGUUCUUUCCCUUGUAAUUCUUAUUGUGGUAUUACAAUGAGCCAGUAAUGAUCUUUCUUCUGGGAAGUCUCUGAUAUUUCAAUAACUUUAUAUAAAAUUCAAGCAUUCUAGUAUUGUUUAUUAAUUUUAGACUUAUAGCAAAUAGAAACAUGCAUACAUUCAGCCUGAUUGCUCCAGCUCCUGUGCCCUGUUGAACAGAGCUUUAUUUGUCCAGUUGCACCUUGCCAUUUCCUGCAUACUUGUGGUUUUAAAUAAGUCAAAAUGGCACCUUAAAGGACAUGUCAUCAUGAACCCUGCUCCUCUAGUCCUGCUUGCCUGCCCCUAGUCUCUAUCCUGAAAUUCUUUUUUAAAUAUUACUCUUUCUCACAAAGGCUUUCUUCCCUACCAAGGUCAUGACACACAAAGGCUGAGCAUCCUACUCAGAAACCUCAGCUUUUUCUUCCAGAAACUUUCAAUUUGCCAAGCCUAUAUCCUAAUAUUAUGGGAAUAAUUGUGCUUCCCUCUGUCAUUUUUCUCCCUAGGCAUGGAAAAUUUAAAUAUUUUAAAAUAUAUCCAUAGCUACAUAGUGACACUGCCCUGUGCCAACUAUACGCCUAUUCACAAGAAGGGGGGGGGUCACAACAUUUCACUGCCUACAAGCCAGCUUGCAGACAGCGACUGCUUGACUUUUAGGCAGCUGAAGCCUGUUGAGAAGAAUCUUUUUUUGCUUCAGUUGCCCAGCCUCGGGUGCCGAUCUCUGGCAAUACAUCAUUAGCCGUUCCUGAGUUUCUGCUCCUUUGCCAACAGCCUUGCUGGGAGCUGAAGCAAAGAUGUGGCCUGUGUUAAUUCUCCGGCCCCAUUUGAAGCUGUACCAGCAGCUGAGGAAUUUGCAAAACUCCAUUUUGAUCCUAAAUCUGUUUGUGCUGUUGUGUUGGCUCCAUAGUCUUCAUCUGGAAAUGCAGAGUAAAUGCAGAGUAAAUGUCAGGAAAACACGCAUAGAAUCAUAGAAUAGUUUGGGUUGGAAUGGAACUUAAAGAUCAAAUAGUUCCCAUCCUCCUGCCAUGGGCAGGGACACGUCCCACAUGGGAAAGGGUUAACAGUGGAAGGUCAUCAAAACUCCAUGACUUUCCAUGCUGAUGAAAGGCACCCUUAAAGAAAGACUUAGCUGUCACCUGUGCAAAGUGUUUUAUCCUCUCCUCAAGCCCGUGCAGGUCCGGACAAAAAUUGACUGGACCGUACUUAAAUAUUUGCUUCUUAUCUACUCUUUCUGACCUACAUUGAAUAGCCACUCCCAGCAGAUGGCAACCAAGCUGACACACUCACAGGGAAUUUCAAAGGCAUAAUUAUGGUGUAGAAAGGGAUUGAUGAUAUUUUGAGACAUUUUGAUCAAUCCUUGUGAUUGCAGACAGCAGAUGGGCUGUAUGACGGAUUUUACAGCUUGAGACAAAAUAAUAGUUUUCUGCAACAGGGAAUUUUGAUGAUUUUCUUUGCAAAAACAAAGCGAUAAAGAUAUAUUGUCUCAAUAUAGACUUUUGCCUACAUUUAAAGCAAAUUUGCCAAACUUCUGAAAAAAAAACCCAGGAAAAUUGGCAUUCACCAUUGAUUAUAAUGCAGUCGAAUGCUAUUUGAGAUAAACUUCAUUGUGAUACAUUCAAAUUCAUUAGGAAUAAAUGUAGUAAUUAGAAAACUAUGGCCUAGGCUGAGAUUUGUAUUGUGUUCAGAACUAUCUUAUAUCAAUGUACGUGUUGUACGAGGCUUUAUUCUAUCCUGCUUUAUUCCCUGUUUUCCACCAGAGGGUGAUGUUGGAUCAAGCAGUUCCUGAAAGAAACUCGCAAGCUCCAUUUCAAAGAGGCGAUGCAGUCAUGGGUAGAGAUGUGGGUGCUUGUAGGGCUGUCACAUAACUAUAAGAUUUGGGUGCUGCAGUAGGGCUUAAGACAUAAUCGUGCAUCAGUUAGGGCUGUAAGAUGUCAUGGCGAAUGCUUAAAAAAAAAAACCAACACAUUGAGGAAAUUGAAACAUAAGGGUACCAGCACACCAGGAGUUGUUGUUAAUAACUAAUUAUAAUCCUAGACAAACCUGUUGCUGUUGCACCAUGUCCCAGAGCUUCUCCACAUCAAAAGGCUGGAAGGGAAACCACUGUCUUGGGUGGCCAAGUGUCCUAGGUUCCUUGUGUCUCGCAGUCCCUUGAGCUCUGCUUGGGCCAGACCUUGUGUGUGGUGGUGGGUGUUUCUACAGCGCUGCAGCCUGGCCCGUGCAUCAGCUACCUAGCCUGGUUCCUGGUGAGCUCACACACUGCUCUCAGGUGCUCAGGUAUUAGAAACUGUCGCUGAUUUAAGGCUGAUCCGAAAAUGGUCUAUUUUCUUUUGGAGAAUUUUUCCCCCACGUCUGUUUUUCUCAAUGAAGAAGUCAAAGUUACAUGUUUUGGAAAAGGAAAAGUGGACGUGAGUCAAAACUCAGCCUUAUAAGGAAGGGCUGGGGAGAAACGAAAGAAACUUUUCUGGAACAGAACAAGUUCAUAAAAAUGGUAUUUUCAAAUGUAAAAAGUUUCAAGAGAAUCUUUUCCCUGUGUUUUGCUUUUCCUCCUUUGAGACUGUCUCACACCACUGACAGCCACCAGCACUAGCAGGGCACUGCCCCACGUUGCUGUCCUCCACUCCUGUUCAUGUCCACUACCUACCAUGUAUAUUUCUCACAUUGCAAGAGGUGUGCACCAUGUGCAUCACAUACUGAGCUCCUGUCACUGUCACCUCUGCUGCCUUUUUAUUCAACUUAUGCAAACUCACAGUUGACCAGCUGAUAUCUGAGCCUUACAUGAGCCUUUACUUACAUUUAUGAGCCAAACAGUGGAGAGGAGGUUUGCUUAUUUUAUGUAUCGCUGGAGACUGAAGCAACCAAGCUAGCUGCAGGUGUUUCUGAAGCACCUGGAUGUGCACCUCCAGUCGGCAUUUUGGCAAAAGUGAAGGUCUGGGGAAAAAACCCUUCCAUGAAGGAGUGCACUAGAGUCACAGAGGAAGCCUUGCACUUGCUUUCCACCUUGCCAAACAAGUGUAGGGUUGAGCUUCACCACCUUUUUUCCAUGCGGAGAGUAUAUCUGCACAGUGUCAUCACUCCAGGAAUAACCAUGGGGCGAAUUGCCACAGAGCUUUUCAGCAGGAUAAUUGCCUCCAACAGAAGGAUAAAUAGCUUUUUCUGGCAUUUAAUGGGCCUCUUAAAUGAACGGCAAUAAACUCUAUGCAAACAGAUGUUUUCCCUCUUUUUUCGUCCUCUUGCAUCUCAUCCAUAAUUAUGCACUGAAAUGUUCUUGUCUGGAUUGCUGAAAGCAAUCUUACUGCUGUUUGUCUUUGCAGCUUAAGGCUGCGCUCUUCGGCACAAAGAUCAAGCAUAACACCCUUAAUUCCUAAAGGCUCCCAUUGCUGUACAUAAGUGAUCAUCUUCUUUCCUUUGCAUUAAGCCUGAGGGAGGAACAAGAAGUUAGUGCGAAAAAGUGCCUCUUCCAGCCUCUGCUCUGCAGGUCCUGGCACUCUCCCUGGUUCCCCAGGGCUCCAGCCAGGAGGUUUCUGUGCUUGCCUGGCUUCAGGCUUUCACCCAGCUAGGCUCAGAGUAGUUGCUCCUUCUUUGUCUUGUAGGGGAGGGAAAGGUCCCCUCUCUAUGACACCUGUGCUGUGCUGACCAGAUUGUGGGGAGUUGGCAAGACAGGCUUUUCUCUCUAGCCGCUGGCUUUGCCUCUAGGUUUGCCACCAAUACAGUAGCAUGUGCCAUGCAAGCCCUGCAAAAAGCCUUUAUGCUUUCAGAAACAUAUACUUUGCCUUCUGACACAGUACAGAGAAAUGACCUUAUUCCUAAAGAAAUUCAAUGCAUUCUGGCAAAGGAAUCGCCUCCUAACAAAGACCCUGCAAGCAAGACAAACAUAAACGUUAGCCUGGCCGAGUGUUCAUCACCUGGAAUUGUGUCUGCAGGGAUGCCUGCGUCUUCACAAAUCUGUCUUCGAAGCAUCUGGCUGGCCUCUGCUUUCCACGUUCAUGGAAAGGGUGGAGGUAGACAUGCUGUAGGAAGACGUGUGACAAAAGGAUGCCCCCUGCGGUAACGCCUAACCUAGAUACAAAAUCUUGGCUAUGGAGGUUAUUCCACUUUGAGUUGAUACCAAUGCAUCUGCAUCAUUGAUAUUGCUCUACAUGGCACUGAUGGAAAACUGCCUUGAAAGGAGCCUGUGGGAAAAACAGAGAGUUUUAUUCUCAUAGUCUGGUCCUGACCAGGCUGCUGCAAGAGAGCCUUGCUGCAGGCAAGACCAUUUCACUCCUCCUCAUUAGGAUUUUGUUUAAGACAUUUAAAAUGCAACCAGUUGGAGGAAAGUAUUGGCUGACCAAGUAAUAAUAAUUCAGAAAAGCAAACAUUUUGUUACAAAGAAAGACAGUGGUACUGAAUUUAGUGUCCUGCAAAGAUGGGACACUUCAGUCACAUGGGUGAAACCUUUGUGGAUGCAUGUUAUUAUGUGGGUGAAACCUUUGCGGAUGCAUAUUAGUAAAUUGGCCUGCAUACUGGUUAAGGACAUUUUUGCACAUAUCCUAUCCUACAAAAGACAUUUUUAAUCCAUCAGGUCCAUUAAGGAUGCUGCCAGCCACUCCCAGCCUUUGUUUAUCCUAUUGCCUUUAAUGAGACAUAAACUACAGACGCAUGCAUGUAUAUCAAACAACACUGUAAGACAGAGAAAAAGCACACAAUGCAUUAAUUAUGGGUCUUCAUUUGUUUGUGAAACUGCUACCUGGAACAGUUGCUGCUGUUCUUCUCCUUAGCAGCCCUGGCGCUCUGGCUUACGUCUCUUCUCCCUUUGGAUAGCCCUCUUCCCAGUGUGCUUGCUGAUGAAAGUCACUCUCUGUGAUCAGAUUGUGACAUCUGCUCCAUUACUCCAGUGCUGUUGCCAUUCCUUGUAUAAAUACUUUGGCAUUUGUACUGUACUAUGUAAACCCAUUAAAAACACAUAAUAAAAAGGCUUAUAAAACUUCUUAAAGC